AAAACGGAAAAAUGGCAGGUGGAAAAAUAAAAUCUGGAUCAAAAACCAAGAAAAACAAGGGCAAGAGGUGGAAAAAAGGCCAAAGUAGUAGCAGUAAUCCGGAAAUAAAGAAGCACAGACAAGCUGCACGUAACAGAUUUCACAAUCAGAAUGCUGGAACAAGUGGUCUGACAAAGGAAGCUUUAGCCAGACAUAAUGAGGCCGAUCCCGAUAACACUGAUGAUGUGGGAAUGUCAGAGAUCAGUGAUGUGCAGAGUGUUGGGGGUAACACUUUCCAGACAUGGGCCACAAACUGGACAGAUUGCACCAAUAAUACUUUCAGUAAGGUGACACGCUAUUGGGCAUCUAACUCAGCAAUGCAUAAAGAGAUCCUGGCUGUUCUGGCUGCAGUGACUGAGGUGAUCAAGACAAAAGAAGGCAAAGAGACAGAAACUGAAUAUUUUGGAGCAUUGAUGACUGCAUUGGAAGGUGUGGACUCAGAAGAAAGUUUGGUUGCCAUCACAUAUCUGCUCAGUCUGUGUAUUAAAAGGGUCAACGCAACGGUGCUAAAGAAGAAGUUCUCUGAUGUUGCAAAGGUUUUGCUGGACAUUCUUUCCAAAUAUAGUGCAACAGAUAACCCGUCCCUUCUAAGAUCUACUUUAUUGACGCUGGCCUCUCUGUUACGUGUACAAGACCAGCUGGUAUGGCAGGAUGCUUCUACGACACAGAUCUACAGGGGCCUACUUACUUUCACAGUACAUAGCAAACCCAAGGUGCGUAAAGCAGCCCACCAGGCAGUCUGUGCCAUUUUAAAGGGUAGCGUUUUCAUGACGCAAAACGAUCCUCCUCCGAGUCAUCCAGCAGCUAGCUCCACGGCAAAGUUUGCAAUUCAACAACUAGAGACCUCUGGUGGAGGUGCUGAUGCCACAACAAGUCUCCACAUCUUAGGUUUACUGAAGGAUGUCCUCUCAACAUUUCCGCAUCACAGUCUCAAAGCUGUCUGUGAGGCUAUUCUACGAUUAAUGACCCUCAGCAAUGUGUUGACUACAUCAGUGUCUCUGCAGGCUUUACAUGGCAUGUUCUCCUCCAGACCAAAGUCAACCUGCCUCCCUGCUGACCUCAAUGCACAGAUCAUUAUGGCAUUAUAUGACUACCAACCUAAAGAGAAUGAUGGGCAGUUGAUGACAGCCUGGCUCACAGUCAUGGAGAAAGCACAUUGCAAUCUGGCCAGACUAGAUGAGAAGUUAUGUAUCAGCCAUGUACCCCGUGUGGUAGGAGUUGCCAUGACAACCCUAUUAGCAGGCAACCCCAAUGUCAUCCAGCAAGCAACAAUACUUAUAAAGGUUGUUAUCGAACAAUGUCUUGGUCCAGUCGCCACUAAACUGGAGUCUAUUCUACAGGCCUCACCAGCCAGUAAUGGUACAGCAACAUAUAAACUGUUCAAGGUCCUGGAAAAGGGACUAAGCUACCAGUAUCAUGCAGUAUGGGCCCAAGUGUUUGAGAUCUUACAAUGCUUCUUUAAAGUCCUUGGAAAGCCAUGUGCACCCAUGUUAAACAAGUGUCUUCUAUCCAUGGCAGACUUACGAGAUAGCUUUCAGUUCGCACACACUAAGGCCUUGGACAAAACAUUUGGCUUAGCUGUACAGUCCAUGGGGCCAAGGGCUGUACUCCAAGCUGUACCUCUACAGAUUACAGGCGAUGAAGAUGACUAUGAGUUUCCCAGGAGUUGGAUCAUUCCUGUACUGAGGAACUACAUAGAGAACACAGAACUAGCAUAUUUUGUUUCCUACUUUCUGCCGCUAGCAGCUAAACUAAGAUCUAAAUCGGCUGAAUUAGCCAAACAGAACAAGAUGGUCGAGGCGAAGACGUAUGACGCUCUACAGCAACAGAUAUGGAGCCUGCUUCCCUCCUUUUGUACCAGACCCACGGAUAUAGUCAAAUCAUUUAGUAGUAUAGCCAAGGUGCUAGGGACGGCACUCACGGACAGACAAGACAUCAAUAUGGACGUUAUGGCAUCAAUCCGCAAGCUCAUCCUUCUGAACAAGCAUAAUGAUGCAUGUGCAGAAGAAAUUGGACGAUUUGCUAAGAAUUUUCUUCCUAUAUUGUUCAACAUGUACACUACUAACACAGAGGUUGAAAAGGAUCCUAAAAGAAUGGCUGCCCGUGAAACCAUCAAAGUUUAUCUGAGUGUCACAAAAAUUGAGCUUAUCUCAACCUUUUUUGGUAAAUUGUACGAAAAACUGAAUGAUCAGGGGAGUCCUUCACAUAAAAUGCACGCAAUAAUGGAUCUUGCGAUCUCAAUGAUCCCAUACGUCUCCAUAGAUAAUAUUGAGCAAAUUCACGAGUGGGUCAGCGAGAAUGUUAGCUCCAAAGACAAAUCCGUGCAGAAAAAAUGUUACCGAAUAUUGGAAGAAAUCUCUGUGUCACCGUCUCUGUCAUGUCAAAAUCAUGUCUCUGUGAAUCUGAAUUCGUUCAAGGAUGUCUUAUUAAAGUCGCUAUCAUCAUCUAACGCAUCAUCAAAAGCACCAAGACUAAGAUGUGUGACUCAUGUAUUCGAGAAACUCCACGACAAAGAAACUGAAUUUCUAACUGCAUUUGUACCAGAGGCUAUUCUUGGAACCAAGGAGGUUGCGGAGAAAGCGCGACAAGCUGCCUAUAGUCUUCUAACAGAAAUGUGCAAUGCAAACAUCAGAUGGGGCAGAGAUCCACAUGAUUCCGUGGCUGAGUUCUUGCAAUUGUUGCUGGCUGGUCUUGCAGGAUCUCCACACAUGAUGGCAUGCACCACACUUGCAGUGGCUCAUAUUGUACACCAUUUUAAAGACAACAUGGGAGCUGAAGUACUAGGGCUCCUGAUAGACAACAUGUGUGUGUUACUGAUGUCUAAAGCCAGGGAGGUAGUUGAGGCAUCUCUUGCCCUCAGCAAAGUACUUUUAACCACAUUCACUGAUGUUCAACUGUCUCCACAUCUCACCAAAAUGGUUGAAAGUGUUGUAAAGAUGAAGGAAGACAGUAAACAUCACUUCAGGUUCAAGGCUAAACAGAUCUUCACAAAACUCAUCAAAAAGUUUGGGUUUGCCACCAUACAGAAACUAGUCCCUGAUAGCCAUCAGAAGCUACUGACAAACAUACGCAAGACAAUAGAGCGUAAUAAACGACAGAAAAAUGCUGAGAAAAUUGCUGAUGAAGAGAAUGAUGUUGUUAAACCUAAAACAGACAGUAUUGAUGACCUUCUCCGGGAUACCGACUCAGAACUUGAGGAAGAGGAUGACAAGGCUUACAGGGACAAAUCCAAGAAAAUUCACAAGAAGGAAUUACGAGAGCGAGUGGAGAAAUCACGAGCUUGGUUACUUGAGGGCAGUGAGUCCGAACCCAUGGACUUCUUAGACCCAUCUGUCUCGAAGAAAGUUGUCGGUUCGAUACCGACUGUACCUCGAAAGGAAGCCAAAAAGGAGCAAUUCAAGAUGGCCUCUGAUGGGAGGAUGAUUAUUACAGAGGGAAAAGAUGAAGAGGAAAUACCAAAAUUAAAAAGACCAAAAGCAUCCAAGAUGGAUGACAUUGAUGAACUUAUCGCUGAAAUGGAUGGAGCACUCAGCAGAAAAAGGAAAAUUGAUGACGAUGAUAGUGAUACUGAAAAACCUAGCACUAAAUACAAAGCUGGUGGCUCGGGUAUACAUCGCCCUCUAAAGACAAAAGUUCACACUAAACCAGGAGAAGAUUAUAAGGCAAAGAAAGCAGGUGGAGAUAUAAAGAAGAAAGGGAAACCUGACCCCUUUGCAUAUGUUCCCCUUGAGUUUACUAAUCUCAAUAGAAGAAAGCGAGCCAAGUCAGCCGGCCAGUUCAAGAGUUUUGUGAGGGGAGCAAAGAAGGGAGCGGCAAAAGGUCAAAAGUCACAUAGUAAAGUCAAGAGGAAGUGAAACAAAUUAUGAAAAUGUUAUAAGAGAAUUAAAUAUAUCCGGAUAUAAUGUACAAUACAUGUGAACCGCCAGGAGUUUCAGCUAGAUGGUUUCUCGAGUGGACUAAGAGGGUGUUUCUGUUCUAUAUGAAACAUGGAAGCUGCUCCUUAAGGAGACAACUCUUUUAGGAGACUAGGUUGCUGCUCCUCAAAAGAGACUUAUGAAUUUGUUGAUCCAAUGGCAUCAUUGACUGACAGAAAAAGGAAAUAAGACAAGAUAACUGAGUUGUUUUGUUUAGCAGCAAAUAGAUUUCUUAUAAAAAUGAUUCUUAAGAAAAUACCCGCAUACUUUUUCCUCAUUGGACCUUAUAUUCUGUUUUCAAAUUAAGACAUUUUGACACAGAUGAUUGGUCAAUCCAGUAAAAAACGCUCCAAUUGGUUAUAAUAUCUUUCAGGGGAGAAAUAGGAUUAACCUUUUGCAAAUUUCCAAAAACAUCUUGGACUUUUAUUUACAAACAUUUCUGCCUGCAAAUUAUCACAUGAAUCUAAUAUACCUGUUUCCUUUUUUCACCUCAAGGUGUCAAGAUUUCUAGGAAUGGUCUAUUGAAUAAUGGUUAUGUUCUUAAGUUGAUUAUCUAAAUGACUUUAUGUAUACAAAUUGGAUAUUUAUUAUAUAUUGUUCAUUAAAUUGUUAAUGAAUCUUUGUCUUGGUGAUAUUUUUAUUUUUUUUAUGAAGAUCAUCAAAUUCACAACUCAGUCAUUUAAAAAUGAUACAAGUAUGGCAUUUUAUUUACAAAACAUUACAAAUGUACAUUAUUUACAUGUAAAUAAUAUGGAAUGAAUAUUAUGGUUAAAUUUCAGUACAAAAUAUAUAAAAUAAAGAAUAAGUUA